AUGCCAACUAUCAGAAAACUCCGAAAAUUACCAACUCGGCAAAAUAUUUCCGAAAUCAAAGUUACUGGUAGCAACUUCUCCCGAAGUAGAAUUAAUCGUGAAAUCGAAUGGAUUAGAGCCAGACAUCCGAAUAAAAGAUUCCAAGUUCUUCUUCCCUAUGAGAGUUGGAAACCUGGCUCAUGGUUUGAAAGUCAUCAAGAAGUAUCAUUAUUCACGUUAUCAGAUCAUUAUGAUGAAUCGCAAAUUCCAGAAGGAGGAGGAGAUCCCGAAUCGUAUGAUCAAUUCAUUAUUUAUGUUACUGAUCCCGUGGCAUUAGCAGGUGGCUGUGGUGGAAGCUCUGCUUCUGAUUCAAAGAGAGAUAAUGGUUUGAAUGACUGUCUCUACCAAUGUUUGUAUCAUGCCUACGGAACGUUUUCAAAUAUGCCAAAGGUUAUCGAAAAACCUGAUAUUCUGAAGAAAGCAUUAGGUUUAAAAAGAAAUGCUCCAGUUCCAGUACAUCUUAUUGAAGAAGUAGAGCGUUUGGCUAGAUCUAUUGCUAUUAACAUCACUGGUGACAUAAAUCGAAUUUCCAAAAGUCCAGCCCACCGACAAAUUACUCUUACCCUUGCCAAUGGACAUUAUUCUCUUGUACCAAAUCCAGAUCGAAGACAAACUGACCCUGGUACUGCUAAACCAAAAUUACCUAUAACUUAUCAAGAAGAUGGUAUAAAUAAUAUUGUAAAAAUUUAUAACGGCAAAUCAAUUCGAUCCAUUGCAGUACCGGAGAUGAGAAAGCUCCAAUCCAAGUCUGUCUAUGGAAAAUGGUGCUUCAUCCCGGUUUCUAAAAGCGAGACAUUGGAGGAAGCUUUUGAAAGAAUACAUGAAGAGCGUAAUGUUCUAUUGGAAGAAUCCAAAAAACUCGGCCUAACAAUCGAUCUCUUUAUGUGUCAUGGUAAUUAUAAAAAAGUUGCAUUAUGGCUCUUUGAACGAUUAAGCCAGGCUAUUCCAGCCAAUGAACCAUUAGAUCCCAUGGAAGCUAAAUGGAUUUCCGAUGCAAUGAUGGGUGGAAUUAUAUGGGCUGAUAACAAUUGGCAAGGAUAUGGCAGACAAUAUGAUGAAACAAGUCUUUAUCCCAGUAUUAUGCAAUCGACGCUAACAUUCCCAAUAUCUAAAGGGAAAUUCCAGAUGCUUCAAGAUUUUGUAAACUUUAGGGGCUAUAUUUUAUAUGGAACAUUUCGCGCUACUGUGGAAUUUAGAGAGGACGUAAAAUGCUUGUUUCGUUAUAAUAAACGCAAUAAGUAUACUCACAUCGAUUUAACUCGUGCCAGAAAAUUAGGUCUUCAAGUUACAUUAAUUCAGGAUGGUUCUCCAAACGCGCUGGUUUAUGAAAAGGAAACGAGAAUUCCGGGUAAAGUUAUAUUUGGAGAAUAUGUACAUUUUCUCUUCAAGUUAAAGAAUAUUGGCGGAAUUGCUGGACGAGUAGCGAAAAAAAUUCUCAAUACCUUAUGGGGAGCAUUAUGUCAAAGAAAUAAAUCAUAUCAUGACAUAUCUGAUGCCGAACAUUCUUCCAAGCCUUUCGAAUUUCCGGAAGGAGAAGUUCUCGAUUCAAUAACACCUACAGGCCAUGCUCAUAUUUCCGGGGAAAUGAUGUCCACAUCCUGGGUAUGCCAAUUUUCUAAUCCUGGAAACUUAUUCAAGGGUGAGUAUCCCAGAAUUGCACCAUUUAUUAUAGCACAAGGUCGUAAAAUUAUUUCUGAAACAAUUGAGCCAUAUAAGGAGAAAGUUAAACGCGUUCAUACUGAUGGAUUUAUAUUAUCAGAAGAUCCCGAAAAUUCUCACCUUAUUGAUUGUUUGGAAGGCGCUUCAAAAACUUUGAAAUCUCUUAAAUUCGAGAAAGAAGGUAAAGUCCUAGUAAAAAAUGCUAACCAAGUAGUAUGGCUAGAGUCUACGACUCGAAGCUUUGCUUCCUAA